UUCAUUACUCGGCACUUUUUGAUAAUUUGUUAGCCUCACUUUUUCGCAAAUUUCACUGUUUUCUUGUGAGUAAAGUGCUCGUGAAAUGGGUCAACAGACAGCAGAGACUGCAGUGGUGCAGGAUGUGGAGAUGGAGAGCGCGGAAUCGCCGCCAGAUCCGGAGAAAUUGAAGGUAGAAGCGGAUGUUUUGGCCGUGCAGGAGAUCAGGGAGCAUGCCAAGCAAAUUGAGAAGGCCGUCGUGAGCAAGGAGCCCCGAUUUAUCCUGCGUGUGCUCAGAGCACUGCCCAACACACGUCAGAAGACCAACGCUGUGGUGAUGCGGAGUCUGGCCACACAGCUCUAUCCGGUGGGACAGGAGAGGAAUGCCAUUCUGGCGUUCGUCGAGGAGCUUCCUGCGGGGACAACAGAGCUCGAUGUGCCCCGCGCAAGAGCGGCCACAAAGUCCCCCUUGCCAGAGGUGGACGCUUACUAUCAUCUUCUGGUGCUGGUGCGCCUCUUGGACGGGCGAAAUCUGGAGAAAGCGUCGCAAUUUUCAGAUGCUCUGAUGAACAAAAUCGUCACGCAGAAUCGUCGCACGCUGGAUCUUCUGGCCGCCAAGGCGUACUUCUAUCACUCCCGAGUGGCAGAGUUGACCAACAAACUAGACAGCAUCCGAGGCUUUUUGCACGCCCGCCUGCGAACGGCCACUCUGCGAAAUGACUUCGAAGGGCAGGCGGUAAUCAUCAACUGCCUGCUGAGGAAUUACCUUCACUACUCCCUGUACGACCAGGCGGACAAGCUAGUGAACAAGUCCGUGUUUCCUGAGACGGCCAGCAACAACGAGUGGGCGAGAUUCUUGUAUUACUUGGGCAGAAUCAAAGGCGCCAAGCUGGAGUACAGCCAGGCGCACAAGAAUCUCGUGAUGGCUUUGAGAAAGGCGCCCCAGAAUGCCGCUAUUGGCUUCCGCCAGAACGUGCAGAAGCUCAUCAUCGUGGUGGAGCUCCUGCUCGGUGAUAUUCCGGAGCGUCAGAUCUUCCGUCAGGCCGCCCUGCGCCCCUCCUUGGCGCCCUACUUCCAGCUCACCCAGGCUGUCCGACUGGGCAACCUGAAGCGCUUCAGCGAGGUGUUGGAACACUUUGGGCCCAAGUUCCAACAAGACUACACUUACACGCUCAUCAUUCGACUUCGGCACAACGUCAUCAAGGCGGCGAUCCGCUCUAUCGGACUCUCUUACUCGCGCAUCUCGCCCCGAGACAUUGCCAAGAAGCUCGGCCUGGACGCAGCUGAGGAUGCUGAGUUCAUUGUGGCCAAAGCCAUCCGCGAUGGCGUGAUUGAGGCCACGUUGGAUCCUGAGAAAGGCUUCUUGCGCAGCAAGGACAGCACUGAUAUUUACAGCACGCGCGAGCCUCAGCUCGCCUUCCAUCAGCGCAUCUCCUUCUGUCUGGACCUCCACAACCAGAGCGUCAAGGCCAUGCGCUACCCGCCCAAAUCCUAUGGCAAGGAUCUCGAGAGCGCCGAGGAGAGACGUGAACGCGAGCAGCAGGACUUGGAGUUGGCCAAGGAGAUGGCCGAGGAAGAUGAUGACGGAUUCUAGGCCCAGUUCUUUUUCAUUUGUAUCUGGAAGAUCUAAUAAAGAUAUUUUUGUCG